AUGGAUUUCGAACCUCGACAGGUUAAAACAAACAAGAAGUCAUCUUCAGUAAUCAAAAAGGUUAAAUUAGGUCCUGGUUCAUUUAGGAAUAAUGAAGAACGCCAAAGAGUUUUAAAUCUUCAACAACAAAUUGAAUCAAAAGAAGAAGAACUCAAUAAAGUUCGUGAACAAUUAGCAAGAAACGAUGAAACAGAUAUAAGUGCAGCUCAAUUAGAAUUAAAUCAUUUACAAAGUGCUUUCGAUAUUGUUAAAAAUAAAUGUGAUGCCAAAUUACUUCCAACAGUCGAAAAAUACAAUCGCGCAAGAUCAAUUUACGAAGGUAUUCUCAAUGCAGUGAGAUCUUUUCAAAAUUCUGCAAAAGAAAGAGAUCAAUCCGUUAUUUCAAUGCAAGAAAGGGUAAAAGUCCUUUCAUCAGAACUUGAUACACCAGAUCUUGUCAAGUACGAUGAAACUCCUGUUUACCCUCUCCUUAAAAAUGUUUCAGAUAUUCAAACAGAAAUUGACACAUCAGAAUUGAACUCACAGAUGGCUGCACUUCAAGAAAAGAUGGUAAAUCAUAUAAAUACAACAUUGGCAAAGCAACUUAAGGAAGCAAAAGAUAGAGAACUUCGUGCUCAAAGAAGAACUCAAACAGCAUUAGAAGAAUCAGGUCAAAUGUUCGAACAACCACCUCCAGUAAUUGAUCAUGACUGGGUUAUGGCAAAACACAAGAUGGAAAAGCUUAAAAUCAUUCUUGAAGACGCGAAGAGAUCAAAUGAUUAUCUCAAAGAAACAGCAGAAAAAAUCAAUGCUGGAAACAAACUUACACAAGAAGAACUCGAUAAAUGCAAGGCAGAAUUAAAGGAUCUUGCAAAGUAUUUCCCAGAAGCACCUCAUGUUGAUGGACCAAAGAAAGGUGAUGGUGUUUCUCGUGGAGAUCUUACAAUAAUUGAAGCAGAAAAAGAUAUGUCAGAUGUUUUAUUAACAGUCGCAAAAGCUAAACAAAAAAUCACAAAAUCAACACUGGAAAAACUAAAAGCAAAACUUGCAGAAAUGCCAAAUGUACUUGAAAAGUAUCAACAAGAUCUUGAACAGACAAAGAUUGAACGGGAAAAUGUUGAAAAUGCGUUGUUAAAAGCUACAAGUCUCAAAGCUGAAUUGACAUCAAGAAGACAAUUUGCGGAAGAAGAGAAAAGCUUAUUAAUCGAAAGAAUUGAAAAUCAGAAGAAAGAACUGGAAAGAAUUGAACAAGAAACAGAGAAUGUUAAUAAGACAAUCGAAAGGCAGAAGACAAUUAUGAUGCUCAAUGAACAGCUCGCUAACCUUAAGAACACAGACUUUGAUAGACUUACUUCUACUCUAUCUAAUCUUAUUAAUAUUAAGAGUCGUCUCGACUAA